ACAUUACAUUGUACAUAUUUGUGCACUGUCACGAUCGUAAUCGUGUUUGCUAAAAUAUCUAUAAAGCGGUGACGUGAUAUUUUCGAUCAUAUAUUUUCGAGGUUCUGAUCAAGUAACUUUGCAUUAGUUUGAUUAUCAUUAUCCACCAUAAUGUGGCGCACUACAGUAAAUCAAGGUAUUCGUAAUUUUAGCGUUAAUUCGCCCGUGAUAAAAUGCAAUCGUUUACAAGGGAAAACAGCAAUUGUGACAGCUUCAACAGAUGGUAUUGGCUUUGCAAUUGCAAGACGUUUGGCUCAAGAAGGUGCCAAAGUGAUGAUUAGCAGUCGUAAAGAUUCAAAUGUAAAGAAAGCAGUGGAACAGCUUCAAUCUGAAGGACUAGAAGUAUCUGGUGUUGUAUGUCAUGUUGCUAAACAGGAAGACAGAAAAAAUCUUUUUAACAAAACAAAAGAGAAAUUUGGUGGAUUAGAUAUUCUUGUAUCAAAUGCAGCUGUAAACCCUGUGUUUACCACACUUUUUGAGACUCCUGAGGCUGCAUGGGACAAAAUUUUUGAAAUUAAUGUUAAAAGUGGCUUUCUUCUAAUGCAAGAAUCUUUGCCACUAUUGCGAGAAAGUAAAUCAUCUUCAAUAAUACUUAUAUCUUCAAUAGCAGCAUAUCAACAAGUUACAGCAUUAGGUGUUUAUGCUGUAAGUAAGACAGCAUUACUAGGUCUUAACAAUAUUGCUGCUGCUGCUCUUGUAUCAGAAGGAAUUCGUGUAAACUGCAUAGCACCUGGUUUUAUAAAAACAAAGUUUUCUCAACAACUUAUUGAAGGUGAUUUCCAUGAAGCAACUGUGUCCACAAUACCAAUGCGAAAAAUUGGUGAACCAGACGAGAUUGCAGGUGUAGCAGCAUUUUUAGCAAGUGACGAUGCUGCUUAUAUUACUGGUGAAACCAUUGUUGCUGCUGGUGGAAUGCAAUCUAGACUAUAAAUACGUUUAAAAUGUUGAAUUGUUACAUAUCAUACAUAAUUUCUAAACAUUGCAUUUUACAUAUUUUUUAUAUUGUAUAAAUUAUUAAUUUUGUUAAUUAUACGAUUGUAAUCUCCUAUAUUUAAUUAUUAAUCUAACAAUAUAUUUUUGGACAAAAUUGCAACUGUGUUUAUUGCACACAUUAUAUUUUUUGUAAAAAUAUGUUAUAUCUAAUAUUAAUAUAAAAGUUUUUUUUAUUAAA